AUGAAGGCCUCUGAAAUGGCCCGCCCUCCUAUGCGCCCGGGGAAUCCGCAUGCAUUCGCCAGCCCCGCUACGACUCCGUCACGCACAGCAUCACCGAACAACGCACAGGGAGCGAAUGUACGUACCACUCAAGGCGGCAAUCAGGCCGGCGCGAGCGAACAACAACAGCCCCUCGAUUGCUUCGUCGUGUAUGAGCUCUUUGCGUCAGCAGUCACUGCUCUCGUAUCCUUCUUUCUGGUCAAGGACUGUGGGGCUGUUGCACUCAAUUACCGAACGUUCGUCUCCAAAGUCGAACCUCAGCAAGAGGAAGGGAAAAUUGUCACAGACUUGGACAGACUAUACUGGCUCACAAGUGUCCACGUGCACUGGUUCAGCUCUGGAACACUCCUUGUGUCCACAUCUACCGAGCGCACCCUGGCGCUGCAAUGCCUGGGUGAUUUAUCUGAAGAUGAGCAGCAGAAGUUAGUGGACAGAUGCAUUCGUGUUGCGCCAAACGCCAUGCUUGCGAGUAUCUCGAGCUUCGACGAUCCGCGGCAGCUGUCAGCAGAUGAUAGCAACCGCAGAACCUCAAAGAAAAAAGCGAAGAUGGACUCGUUGGAACAGAACAUCGAGAAAUGGAGAAUGAGUGUGCAGCGAUGGCUGAGCCGGCGCGGCUACUCUUUGCCAAAUCUUGACAAGAAUAGUGCUUGGGUAACCAUCCGCGUUGGGCAAUUGGCGCAGUUUCCAGCAAUGAGUCCCCAUCUGCCCACUUCCGCCCGGGAUGUGCUUUGGCCUCGCUCGCUUUGCUUCAUGCAAAGUUUGGUUCCGGACGACUUGAAAUGGUUUGAGGUCCCAGGUUCUGCAGGGUUUCGUGAUCCCAUAGAUGCUGCGCAGGACUGGUUUACAGGCCAGUUGGAACGAGACAAAAUACUGGACAUGCAGCGUAAAGCCAAAAAGGCCGAAGAAGAUGCAAUGCGUCGCAAAGACGAAGCCCCCGGCCUCUACCCAUCGUCUCCGUUCACGGCCCGAACUGGUGUAUACGGUGAUCUCCAACCUGUAAGUGGGGUCUAUCCUACGCCCCCUGAUGGUAUAGUUCCUGGUACUGGGAUUUCCUCGACCGAUACACCAAGCGUCUCUGGCACUGCAUCCAACGUGGUUCUUGUACCUGGUGGCAAUACUCCCGCUAUCAACUUGUCUGCGCCUCAAGACUACACCACCACCGACAACCAACAGCACGCCUCUACCUCACCUACUUUUCCCGCGCCCCUCGAACCCUUUCAGACAUCGGGCGAGGACGAUGAUCUUUUCGAAGAUAUGGAAGGAGAUGGUUUCGGUGGGCCAGACGUAGAAGAGGCAGAUUUUGAUUUCUUCGACGGGCCGGACGGCGACGACGUAAAUAUGGCGGACGCACCAGCACUGCCGGAAACCACCAACAAGCCCCACAAACAGCUCAACAACGACGUUGCCAUGGCACAUGAGGAGGAGCAUUCCGUCAAGGAAGAGAUGUCUGACCCCUUGGCAGCACUAGAGAGCGCUCUUGCAGCACCUUACCGGCCCAUCAACGACGGCAUGCCAGAAGAGAAGGUUUCAGAGAAAGAAGCAAAAGCAGUGGUUCCAGUUGAGGCAUUAGCCACUUCGCCUGCGCAAAUAAAGCAGAACCCUCCUGCGAAGAAGGAAGCUACCCCACCACUGAGCCCAAGUGCUAUUGCAAAAACAUUGCAGCCAUCUCCGCCCAAGAAGCAAUCUUCGUUUCCUGCCUCCCUUCAACGGACCAAUAGUGCUUUCCACUCCCUGGACUUUAGUCGCCGAUUGAGCCUUGUCGAUGCGAAAUACCAAGACGGCCGGUUUGCUGCAAGAAUCGAAAAAACUGAAGACGAUGAGAGUGCUGUCAAUCCUGGACGGCUGAAGAGCCUGAAGGAUUUACCGCUUCUCAACAAGCUGCGGUAUGCUGUUGCCUCAGCAUCGACAGCUAAAUCAACUGAAGCAUUAUCUUUGGCUCGUGCAGUCAGCGAUGAUUCGGCAUCCGACUCUGAGAGCGAAACAUCCGACAUGUCCGAAGGAAGUCCAGAAGAUCCGGUUGAUACACAUCCGCUGCCUUAUUUGGGCCGUCUGAUCAUACCUGCCAAACGCAAGCUCCCUACGGAGGGACACGGAACACCUCUUUCUGUCACAUCUUUUGCCGAAUCACUCGCAGGUGAUUGGCAAGACUCCAAUAGCCUGCUACUCGACGAAUCCUCCCUUACAUUUUUCGAGCCCAAUACAUGGGAUUGGUCGAUACCUGACUUGAGUAUGGAGCCACCCGAAGAAAAGCCUCUCAAUGGCAAAGAGAGCAUAGCUGUCACCCAAAUACUCACCGAUCAGAUUGUUUCCGCCACACUGGAUCUACUUGACGAAAAUGCUCUAGUCGAAUCAACAUCCAGUAUUGAACCUUCUUCUGAGACACGUUGGCAAAUAUGCAUCAAAGAGCUUUUCCCCAAAGCAGCGGAAUGCACAUUAUCUGCACUCAUUGCGAUCCACGACGUAUUCCCGGAUCUCUCCGCUCAAGCUAAAGGUCAACAGAGGCCUCCGCCAAGGAAGCCGAACGAGAGUAAUGCGAUUCCCAGCAAUCAUAUGUACCCCAUGAAUCCCCCCUUUAUCAGGGUUCGGAGAGCGGAGACGCACUGGGAUCUUCUACCACCAUCAAUAGCUUUCUGGGAGCCUCUCGGAUUGGCCCCUGCGAGUCCACCAAAGAAUGUGGUGGCAUUUUGCAUCUAUCCGCACAGCGCCUCCCUAAGGCCAAUACUGGACCGCUUUAUGCUCAAUCUGCAGCUUGCGUACGAUACCUGUAAGUUAGGUUCGCACGCCCGCGUCGAGACAGUCAUCGAAUAUGAAGGAGGCUUAGUGCCCGUCAAGGCCAACUCGCAAACUUCUGCCAAAGAAGCGUUCAGGGCACUAAAAGAUACAUGCAUACAACUGGGCAAGUUGCUUGCCAUCCAGUAUGCACAGCUAGGAGAGCAACAAGACACCAAGAUUGAUGCCUUUGUCGUGUACAUGGUAGACCCCUUUGGCAACCCUGCAGCACUGUGGGAGCUCUGUUCCGCGUUCUGGUCACUUUUUCAGGCCUAUGGUCAAGGGCCCCCAGGUCGGUCAGACCCAACUCCAAAGCCCGAUCUGGUACUGCAGAUCAUACCUAUCAAGUAUCUCGCCUCUUUCGAUGUCCCUGUCAUACUCGAUGCCGCCACGUAUGUUAGUCUGGCGCGUGAGGUGUACGACCGCUGUCCACCGAGCGUUGCUAGUACUGACAAGACACCUUUGAGCAUAUACAAAGCGCCUGCCUUUCAGCUCGAGGAAAGUCUACCUCGCAAUGUCCAGUUCAAGUUGUUGUCGGAACCGCCGCAAGAUUUGCUACGUGAAAACUCUUACAUGCACAUUGCUUACGCCAUCAGCUUAGACGGUAACUGGCUCACCGCAGCAUGGUCUGACAGCUGUGGCAAAUCACAAGCGGUUGUCUCGUACCAUCUAGGUACACGUGUCUUUGGUGACAUUGCGAAAGAGAUCUGGCAAACCACCAUCGAAAUUCUUCAAGCGCGAAGAGUGCAGUGGCGUGUCUGUAUUGCCAAAUCUGGGCCUCUCGAUAGAGAAGAGUUGGAAACUUGGGUCCUUCUCAUAACUUGCCCGACUCAGGUCAAUCUCUUCCUGACCAUCCUGACGGUCAUCGAGGACCCGCCAUACAAGUUCACACCUACCACACCAGCACCGAGUAAUAGCUCCGCUCAAGCCAAUACAAAUACACCAGGCUCUACGCCUCAGACAGGCGUUUCUCCCGAUCCUACAAUUGGCCUCACCCCCGCAGCUACACCGUCCGCCGAUCCCGCUCCAGACCCAGCAGCCGACCCCGAAGCUCGUCUCAUCGACGUGACCGACGAAACCUGGGGUAUAAUCCUCGCUCACCGCCUGCACAACUCGAACUCUACGAAUCAAUUCAGUCCCGCCCUGAUUUCCGGACUCCUCGUAAAACGUGGCAUCACCCACGCCACUUCGAACUCCAUUCACCAUCCCAUUCCCGACCCCCUCCCCGGCCCCAUUACCGUCGCCGUCAACAUCCUCUGGAUCGGCGCAGUUGGAUCCACGUGGAAGCGCGCCGCCGAGUCCCGCGGAACGCAGUACUAG